AAAAAAAGCGCCAGGUCGCGGUUUGCCAUAUGCAGAGACAUGUAUAAGAUCGAAAACCAGAAUACUGGGGUCGUACGUGCCUCGGCGCUCUCCGGCGCGUAUUCCUCCACACAACGCGUCUCAAUAAGACCACAACCAUGCACGACUGAUUGCAUUUUCGUUGCCCUGCUGUUACCCAUGAUAAAAUGGGCUAGUACAAGACCCGUUAUUGCCGUUCGAACGCGCCCUGUCAAGGCGCUCGCAGAACGCCACGCGUUUGUUUUUCCACGAGGAUGACCUUCUUUCACUCCAUUAAUGCCGAUGUACCUGACACCAGCGCACACAUAAAGCCACCAACCGCAUACAUACAGGGCUUGACUGGAUCCUGUCGAGACCUAUGCGCUGGAGCUAAACGAGAGGUCUAGACGAUGAGUUCCGAGAGGGAAGAUCACGUCGCACAGCCCAGAACAAGAGCUACAGCAAGAGCCGCACAAAGAGUCACAGCACCAGACGCGAAGAUUUCGGGCGCAACGAACCCGAUCAGAUGUAAAGAUUGCAAUCAUGGCUUCGCGACUAUCUCUAUAGACGGUAGAUGUGUUCCACUUCCUCACCAGGAGCCGGUCUGCACAUCAUGCGAGCCGUUCCGUGGUUUAUACGAAACUUUGGAGUCCAGAGCAUCAGAAUAUACAGCGUUGCUUGACAGAGGACCAAAGCACCACGGUCGCGCGUUGGCGCACGAUAAGUACCGUAAUGCAAGGGUCAAACUCGAGAAUUUCGUGAUCGCUACCGAAGCGUCCAAGGAAACGAGUUCUGAGGUGGCUCAGGCUGAUUUGGCGAAUCGAGGAGGUCCUGCACAAAUCCAGUGCACAGAUGACGCGGGUGUAGCGCAUGAGCAUGGCGAUAGGCAUCAUGCUUUCAACGGAGAUCCCGCGCCAACCGGACACGACUCACCUACGGAAGUCUCGCCUACGACGAAGCGCAAAGUCACACGCAACCCUAUUACCUCGAAUCUAGAGCGCAAACGGAUCAAGUUCACCGAAUCUGCCGAAGAGCGCUCGCAGUACAGAUGCACUCUUGAGUUCUACCGUGGUGCAAAGGAAUACCGUCCUGGCCGAUAUGGCGCAACUGAAGGAUCCGAGUUCUUGGAUACCAGUGGGUCCACCGUAUCCUUUACCAAAUUCACAGGUCAGAAGAAGAUGGGCUCAAUCUUCGUUGAUGUCGAACCACGAUCCAGUGUGGAAAGAGACAGAAGCGAGUCUCUCGUAGCGCCGAAGAAGGAAGAGCGCGAAGGCAAGGAGAUACUGUGCGGACCUGAAGAGCCUCAACAUGAGCCAGAGCACGGCGGGAACCAGACGAUCAGCCGAGAGCUCCGGGCUUUACAACGGUCCUGGCCUUCGACUCCAUCAGAGAUAACAAGGCUACGACGAAACAUCAAACGGCAUGAUGGGGACCAUCGUAACUUUUCGAAACACUCGUUGAGCAAACCCUCUUUGGUUGUUUUUUUGAAAAUCCCUUCGCUUAUCAGAAGUGGUGCGUCUACAAACGAGGAAGGAUCCAUUCGAACGUCAAACCCCAUGAACGACCAUUGUUGGUCACCUUUUUCAAAAGACUCCAGUGAAGUAGCGAACGAAGCAACGAAUGAAGCAGGGAACGAAGCAGGGAACGAAGCAGCAGAAGCAACAAACAUCAAGGAGGUCCUAAUAAACAUACAACGUGAGCCGGACGAUCUACAGAAGGUUGCUUCCUCUCCAAGACAUAGAGACUCAGUCACGGCAGCUGUGCGCGGCUUUACCGACAUAUCGACCCCUUUGAUCGCAUUAAACGAUACCAGAACAGAUUGUGCUAAAGACGCCGAGGGGACUCAAGAAGAGGAAACUCUCGAGUCCAAAGCUCUUGACGCGAUUGACCACAGUAUCUCACCCAAUUUGCCGCAAAUGGCUGAAACUGCACAACGAGGCAAUAUUGUGAUCGAGCAGGCUCAAGCAACCAUCGGCAGGGGGGGAAUGUACAAGGCCGAUAUUGGCCCCACGCUAGACGUCAAUAUCUUUAAGGGUGUGCUUAGUAGAGACAACAUCGAUGUCUAUAGACGUUCCUCAGACCGACCACGCGUGUCUGAGGUCGCGUUUGAGUCAAAAGGAUGUCCAGAAAGGACGAGCUCAACAACAACUCCGAUCGUCGACAGAGCACUUCUAUCACCUAUAGCUACGUUGCCUCCGGUUUCAACCUUUGGGCAGACAGAGGGAAAGCAUAUUCAUCUACAAGACAAUACUGGGCGGACAUUCAAAGAUGUCUGGGAAUCAGGGCACAACAACUUCAAUUCCACCCAGGACCUUCUGGCUAAAACCGCAACUACUCUUCCGACAUCUUGGCAAGUUGACCAUGUCAAGGUGAGGCCUCCGGCCUCACCUAUUCAGGUGCCUUCCAUCGCCAGCUGGUGCCAGAAGGUGGCUGAGUUUUUUAACGGCCGAGACGAACAACAGGCCUCCCAUGUACAACGCACAAACGACUCUUCAUUCAAUGAUCCACAAAAUGGCAGUACCAAUUAGAGUCUCAGUGUUCCACAUGUAGGGUCGGGCGAGGCCGCCAAUAAACAGUUCGAGAUGCGUCUGGCGGACACGGAUCGGCGGUGGGGCUGGAAAGGAGGCUCAAGUAGAUCCUGACACCACUUAUGGUUCGGCUCAGGCGGGUAUACGUGGAAUUCGAGACCUUCCUGCGGACCGCAGAGACGGAACCAUUGUGGAACCGCUCGAGGAAGACCUUGACCCUGCCGUUGCGUGGUUUUGUGUACACCGAUCAGGACUAUUCGCAGGUAGCAAUGAGACACAGAUCAACGCAGUGACUAUCGAGGCUCCUCAAGACUAGUGCAUAUUUACAACCCAUGGGGGCCAGAAUUGUCCCUUAGAUGGGGUCAGUGUUGCUAGCAACGAGAUAAAUUACGCAAACAGAAUAGUAAGGUACCCCGUUGCAAAUAAAGUAUUCCACGUGGGGCUCUAUGCU